GUACGAGCCGUAGUAGAGGAUCGUGCCAAAUCUCACGUAUAUACAUAUAUACAGCGGUAAGCAUAUGUGUGUGUAUAUAUAUAUACACACGGCGAAAGCUCCAUUUAAUUCGUUUUAUUACGACAAUCGAUCCCGGCCUUCGACGCAUACGAAUGAAAAUUCAUCAGUGCGCCUUUUUUUUCCUCUUCUCUUUUUUCGACAAACCUAACCUGGCAUUCGAUGGCAGUGAUCAUCGCUGAAAGUUCUGCACGAAUUGCAGGAACGCGCGCACGAUAAUCCAAUUCUAACCUAACUAGUAGGAAAGGAGAGAAACGUUCUUUGAACUCUCGGUUUCACAAUUCACGAUGUCUACGGUUGGACUUCCUCUCACUAUCGAGUUCGGGGGUGGAGCAGAGUUGUUAUUUGAUGGAAAGAAGCGGCACGAGGUGGACUUACCCGGUGAGGAAUGGACGCUGAAACGACUGCUAAGCUGGCUGCGGGAUAACCUCUUGACAGAACGGCCCGAGCUCUUUAUGCAGGGCGACACGGUGAGACCGGGCAUCUUAGUUCUGGUUAACGAUGCCGACUGGGAAUUACUGGGUGAAGGCGAUUAUAAACUAUGCCCGCGGGACAAAGUGCUCUUCAUCUCGACGCUGCACGGAGGAUAGAAGGAAUGAAAAUAUGGUUCGAUGAGCAUACCGCCACCACAAAUACGGAGGAAAAAGGGAGAGUCACACAGU